AUGAGAAAGAAAUUAUAAACGAAAUUUACAUGCAAUACAUCUUUUAGCAAAAAAGGUAUACGUUUUAUAUUGCAAUUUACCAAAUGUUAUAUACUUUUCAGUUCAUAACAGGUAAAUUUCGCUUACUUCAAAACAUUUCAAAAACUGUCUACGGACUAAGAAGCAGGCCUAUGUCGAAAUCAAAUGAUCUAUUUUAUGGAUCUUGUGAAAGCUAUAAAGGAGAAAAGUUAAUAUACCCAGCGGCAACUAGGAAUCAAGAACCUAUAUUGCAGGUUUUAAAGAGGUUUAUAAUUAGUGAAACAGACAUCAUAAAUGAUGAGAGUCCCACUUUUGUUGAAAUAUCCUCAGGAUCUGGCCAGCACUUGGCACAUUUUGCUCCACAUUUCCCGGGUGUUAAAUUUCAACCGAGUGAAGUUGAUGAAAAUUUGUUUGGAAGUAUAUCAAUAUAUGCCACACAUUGCCCAACAAAAAAUAUUUUACAGCCAAUAUUGCUUGACAUAAGAAACAAGUUGUCAUGCUAUGGGUUUGAAGAAAAUAGCAUUGAUUAUAUGUACAAUGCCAACAUGAUGCAUAUAACACCUUUUGAAUGCACUUUAGGAUUGUUUGAAAAUGCUGGGAAAUAUUUGAAGUCAGAGGCUCUUAUGAUAACUUAUGGUCCUUAUAGUAAAGAUGGGAUAAUAACACCUCAGAGCAAUAUUGACUUUGAUAUUUCUCUCAAACAGAGAGAUCCACUUUGGGGUCUAAGAGACAUUAAUGAUUUAGUUAGAAUAGGAGAAGAAAAUAAUCUGUCUUUAAUAGAUACAAUAGAAAUGCCAUCAAAUAAUAAGACAUUAAUAUGGAAAAAGGACUGAAAUAUUGCAUAAUUAAAAUGUUUAAUAUGCAAUUAAACAAUUUAUUAUAAUCACAGUAUUUUUUUAU